AUGUCCGAAUUUAGCCUUUCAGAGUAUCUAACCAAGUUUCAAACUAGUGAUAAGAACAGUUUUCCAAUUGUAGAGAACCCAUCAAGCGACCUAAACAUUGUCAUUGACAAGUUAGCUAUAUCUCCGGAACAGAUAGAUUCAGAUCCUGAGACCCUAGAGCUCUUAAUAGACUUAUCCCAUGGCUUUCCUCAUUUGCCCAUUAAACUACAAUGUCAAUUAUCAGAUUUGGUUGGAUCAUCAGUAUCUGCCCUAUCCAUCGAAAUCGCGGAUCAAUUAAACUCCUCAACGGAUGGGAAUAGCUCGAAUUCGUUGAAUUAUCAACAGAUAAAUGUUCUGAUACCGCAAUGGAAAAGACACCUUCAAGAAUAUGGAUACUUGAUCCAUACUAUCUUAACUUUUCUUCACGUUUCAAUAAGUAAGAUUGCUUCCAGUUCCUCAUCAUCUGUUGCCUCGAAACGUAGGAAUAAUGAAAAUGAUAAACAAAAUGCAGAUUUAUUUAAGAGAUGCUGUAAUCAACUCGAAAGUAUCUGUGAAUCAAUAACUAAAAUUAUGGAUAUUAAUUUAUCUAGAAUUUUCCAAACAACACCAGAGAAGGAUUUAUUUAUCAGUCUCUUCUUAAGGCCGUUAUUCGUCCUUGUUGAAAAUGAGCCAGUGAUAAAGAUACAGUCGUUGACUAUAAUCAUUCAAAGAAUUAUUGCCAUGGCUGUGAAAAACCAUAAUCAAGCUACCGUAGUUCAGGAUGCGGUAAUAUCAAGCUUGACAUAUUUCCAACAUCUCUCAGUAUUCGAUGCAAAACUACUAACCCUCAUAUCGACAGAUUAUGAAUGCCCCCAACUAACAGAGGAGGUAUUGAAAGAUAUAAGUGGCAAAGUUUUCAAUUCGAAGGAUACAACUGGUCCGAAGUCUAUUUCUACCUUCUUAAGUAAACUUUCAGAAUUAUCACCAGUAAUAAUGAUAAGACAGAUGGGCUCCGUGAUAAACUUAUUGAACAAUAGUUCUGUUAUCUUAAGAUGUUCUGUCGUAGAAUCGUGUGGUAAUAUUAUUACACAAUUAAUUAAAGAAGAUCAUUAUAUGAAUCAAGUUAUGGUAUUAAUAGAUUUAUUAGAGGAGAGGUUUCAGGAUUCAAAUCCUUAUGUCAGAACUAAAGCUAUUCAAAAUUGUUUGAAAAUCGGACAAAUGGAUCUUAAUUUAAAUAAAAAGAGAUUACGAUUUACUGAAUUAGCAGUACGUUCAUUACAGGAUAGAUCAUCGUUGGUUAGGAGAAAUGCGAUUAAAUUAUUGGCAAUGCUUCUAUUAAAACAUCCUUUCAGUGGAAUUCAUGGCACCCAGUUGAACUUGCCUGAUUGGGAAAAACAUUUGAAAGAUGUAGAAAAGAAUUUAAAUAAGUUUAUGGAGUCUGAACAUGCCAAUAUCGAAGAUGAUAGAACCCCCGUGGAAUCUCAGCAAGACGAAGAUGAAGACGGGGACAUCUCCAUGGAUAUGGAGGGUGAACAGGAACUUUCGAGAUUAGAGGUAGAAGCUGAAAAGACUAACACCGCGGAUACGAACACUUUAUUGAAAAUGAAGUUGAUGAUCGCAUAUUAUAACGACGCUAUCUCUUUUAUCAAAAAUAUACAUAAUGGUAUCAAUCUAACUUCAAAACUUUUAUUUUCCAAGAAUAGAAACGAAGUAUUAGAAGCAAUGGAUUUUCUGGUCCUUUCAGACGCCUACGGAUUAAAACCAAGUAAACUUGGUAUAAAGAAAAUGUUACAUUUAGUUUGGAUGAAAGGAACUAAUGAUGAGGGAAUGAAUAUUCCAACUCAUCUAAUCGAUUGUUACAAACAACUAUUUCUAACGGCACCAGACGGUUACAACGCCAGGGAAAAGGCUGCUCAUAUUGCCAAAAAUCUUAUUCAAUUAACUAUUGAUGCAUCUAUUUCUGAUCUGGUUUCUUUAGAACAACUAUUGAUAAUGAUGUAUGAUCGUCACUUUAUUGAUGAGACAAUCAUUAAUGUUCUUUGGGCAAUCUAUAAUUCUACGUCCAAGGAACCCUUUAUAUCCGGCAGUGGCCAUAACAAAUCAUUUGAUCGACAGCAAGCACAUGGUUCCAUUAUUGUCUUGGGCAUGUUAUCGUUGGCUAACAAUGAAAUUGCUUUGAAGGGUUUAGAUUCGUUGUUAAAUAUUGGCUUAGGUGACGCUGGUGCUCAAGAUUUAAUCCUUUGCCGUUAUUCAUGUCUUACUCUAGAGAGAAUCGUUGCGAAAAAAGAUGUAUCCUCAGAUCCACCUCUAUUUAUUAUUAGUGAGGAGCAUGAAGAAAAAACAAUAAAGAAACUAUACAAUAAGAUCAUAGGCUAUACAAGUGAUUUACAAUAUUAUCCUAUGUGUGAACAGGCAAUAAGUGCAUUCUUCACAAUUGCAUCAAAACCGGAUGUCCAAGCGACAAAUAUGAUAAGAGAGAAGACAAUGAUGACCUUUGGCAAACCGGAAACUAAUCUUUCUGGCGAUGAAUCAGCUAUGUCACAAGAUUCGUCUCGUUCUACGUCCUUGAGUCAAUUAUUGUUUAUAGUUGGGCAGGUGGCUAUUAAAACUUUAAUAUAUCUGGAAAAAUGUGAAUCUGAGUUCAAGAAGAGAAAAAUUGAAACGGAAAUAUCGAAAGGGAAGGAUAAAGUAGGUAAUCUUCAAGAUGGUGAUGUUAGCAAUAUAAAUACGAGUACUAAUCAAGGAAAUGCGACCACAGAUGACGCUAAAGAUAAUGAACUUGAGAUGAUCGGUGGUACAAAUGAGGAUGAUUUCACAGAUGCCAUUCAAUUUAUUAAGGAGAAUGAACUCUUAUAUGGUGACAAUACCCUAUUUGGAAAAUUUUGCCCCAUUGUUGAGGAAAUUGUUUCGAAUUCAACCAGGUUUAAUGAUCCAAUUUUGUUACGAAAUGCUACACUUUGUCUAGAGAAGCUAAUGUGUAUUUCAUCAAAAUACUGUGAAAAAAGUCUUCCACUACUUAUUACUGUGAUGGAAAAGUCACCGGAUCCAAUAAUUCGUUCAAAUGCAGUUUUGGGGUUGGGAGAUAUGGCCGUCUGUUUUAAUAAUCUUGUUGACGAGAAUACAGAUUAUCUUUAUCGCCGAUUGCAUGAUGAAAACUUAAUGGUACAAAGGACAUGCCUUAUGACCGUCACUUUUCUGAUCCUUGCAGGACAAGUGAAGGUCAAAGGUCAAUUAGGUGAAAUGGCAAAAUGUUUAGAGAACCCAGAUCAAGGAAUUAGCGAUAUGUGCCGUCUAUUCUUUUCCGAAUUAGCCACCAAGGAUAACGCUAUUUAUAAUAGUUUCAUUGAUAUUUUCAGUAACCUUUCUGCUGAUGAGUCCUUGAAUAAAAAUAGCUUCAAGAAGAUUAUAAAAUUCUUACUUUCAUUUAUAGAUAAGGAAAGGUAUCAAAAUCAACUGAGUGAGAAAUUGCUUGGGCGACUCGUUAAAUGUGAGUCUCAGAAACAAUGGGAUGAUAUUGCAUUUAUAUUAAACAAUCUUCCGAUGAAGAAUGAAAAGACCACAGAUAUUCUAAAGGAAGGAUUCAAAUUAGUUGCUGCUAGAGAAUAA